UAUAUUAACCAAUAGUGAGGCCAAUCUUUUGUAAAGUGUCUUUUGGUAUUUUUGUCUGCACCAAUCAUGGGUGUCGGUGGGCGAGCUUGCGAAGCAGUGUUUGUUGUUCAGGAACAUUGAAUGACGGCUGUCUUGACUGGAACAGGGAAUGUGGAAGAGCAGUUAGAAGCGGUGAUAGGAUAUACAGGAGCAAUGGAUGCCUUCCAGAACCUUCAUGAAGCUUGUUCAAAGCUUGGACAUCUGGCUUUAAACAGCUGUCAGUCACCAGUACCUGCCAAUACAGACAAUGAAGAAUCACUUGCGCGUAUUCUCAGGUUAAGAGAACAAGUGGCGGACCAGUGUUUGGAAAUGAAAAUCAGAAUAAAGUCAGAUCAAGGCAAUUAUAGCAUCCCUGGAAUCCUUGCAGAAGAAAACCCAGAUAUAACGGAAAUGACAAAAGAUUUAGAAGAUGUGAAACUCUCUAUCCACAACAAAACAUUGGCCCUACACAGAAUGCAGUUUACCCAUGCCGUGUUGGAAAAGAUGAAAGAAAAUGACAAAGAAGCACAGUUAAUGAAGGCAACAGGGAAGCACACACUAAGCCUCUGUUCACGUAUAUUCAGAUUAAAACAGGAGUCCAGUGAAAUUGAAGACCAGGUACGAGAAGUUAGGAAAAGGAGAUUAGCACUGAAGAAAGAAGCUCUUGGGAAAUUGAUGGAAAUCCGAGCAGCAAAAAAGAGAAAGGAAGAGAAGAUGCAAGCAUUGCAGAGUGAGAUGUUGAAGAAAGGUCAGGGGAGCAUGGAGAAGCAUCUCAAGAUGGUUACUCUGGUGCAAAAUGUACUUCAGGGGAUUAUCAUUGGCAGCCGAGUGAACUGGGCUGCAGACCCGAAAUUAAAAGAAAUCGCCCUGGGGCUCGAGAAGAAUCCAGCCUUCGACUGAAAUAACAGGAAGUACACUGAAGCUUAAUACGAGACAGCACAGAUCUUCAGUUCAACUGGAGAAGAUGAGUGGAUUACUCCCUAUGCAUUAGUAAAUACUCUUUUUUUAAACAUGAUUUUUUUAGUUUUUUUAAUAAUGGUGGAUUUUGUAUUAUUUGAAAUGUAUGCAUUUAACAAACACCUGUUUUUAAGGUACAAUGUCCUUUUCCUUUUAGUGUGUGUGUGUUUUUUUUAAUGUAGAAACUGUAUAUCAUUCUUUUAAGAACAUUUUUUGACAUUUUACAUUUUUGUUACUUGGCGUUCAGUUUGAUCAACUAAAACCCGGCCAGGAUAAAUCACAGCUGGAUUUUGUUUACAGCACUGCAAUCUCCCUGGAAUUGCUAAAAAAAUAAAUGGUUGAUGUGAUCCAGUUGGAUUCUAAGUGCUGUAAAAUGCUCUAAGAAAAUGUAGCUGUGACUUCUCCUGGCAGAGUAUACAGUAAACUGAUCAAUUCAAUCCCUUGGAGUAAAAUAGCUUGUACAGGCCAUGGUAACGUUCUCAUCCACGCAGUAAAAAAAUACUGUAAAAUAAGUGUUCAUUUUUAAUUGUAUUGUAUUUUAUUAGUAUUAUUCGUGUCAACUACUUGUGGCCAAUUAUUAUUAUUUCUUAUAAACUGUUGCUGCAUUGUUUAGUUGUGAACAUGCUGAUGUCUAGAAAAUGUAUUCUGUUCUGUCUUAAUCUGUGAAAUCAGUAUAUUUGCUGGCUUUUGAUUGAAAACUUUAACAGACAGUACAAAUAUACACCAAACUUUUACUUAAAUUAGAAAGAAAAGAGACAGUAAUAAGACAUUCUGUUGUAGGACAUUAACAUAAGUAAAGGAUGUAUUACAGUAUAAAACUAAAACCUAGCAAGUAUCUUAAUUAACCAUUGCUACAGUUUCUAAUUUGUUUUACUGUUCAUAUUCUCUUUUUUUUAAUGGGGUGGGAAUUGCUGCACAUGUGUCAAAAAAGAUGUGUCUUUUUAUUGUAUGUGAAAAAAACAACAUUAUUUUCUGUAAAUUAUUUCUGUUGCAUACAUUCUGUUGGCUGCCUGCUCUAAAACAUUUGUUAUUAAAGCAGCUUGAAGUUUUGA